CUCGCGCAUCGGAAUCAAAGGACCUGCAGCUUACCACCAGAAGCCAGUGCGCUCGCACACUCUUGACCUUCGACGCCGCCGCCUCUUCCCGUCGUCGGCCAUGGAGCUCGAUCGCAGAAUCCUCCGCGUCCUCCCUCUCCUCGCGCUCAUAGUGCUCGCCUCGCCCUCUAGCUCCGGCGGCGGCGGCGGCGGCGGCGACGGCGACGACUCGAUCGUCGCGAGAUUCCAACGCUACCUCCGAAUCAACACCGCCCAGCCGAACCCCGACUACCCCGAAUCCACCGAUUUCCUCCUCUCCGAGGCCGAGUCCCUUUCGCUCGAGGGCCGGGCCAUCGAGUUCGUCCCGGGCAAGCCCGUGGUCCUCCUCAGGUGGCGCGGCUCCGACCCCUCCCUCCCCUCCGUGCUGCUCAACUCGCACACCGACGUCCAGCCGGCCGAGGACGACAAGUGGUCCCACCCCCCGUUCGCCGCCCGCGCCGAUGCCGAGGGCCGGAUUUACGCCCGCGGCUCGCAGGACAUGAAGUGCGUGGGGAUGCAGUACCUGGAGGCGAUCCGGAGGCUCAAGCGCUCGGGGUUCGCGCCCGUCCGCGACGUCUAUCUCUCGUUCGUGCCCGACGAGGAGAUCGGCGGGCACGACGGCGCCGCCAAGCUCGCGGAGUCCGAUGAGUUCAGGGACAUGAACGUUGGCAUUGUUCUCGACGAAGGGUUGGCGUCACCAACGGAAUAUUAUCGGGCAUUUUAUGGAGAGAGAUGCCCGUGGUGGCUGGUGAUCAAGGCAACUGGAGCACCUGGACAUGGUGCAAAGUUGUACGAUAAUACCGCAAUGGAGAACUUGCUGAAAAGCAUCGAGAGUGUGAGGAGGUUCAGGGCUUCACAGUUCGAUAUGGUGAAAGCAGGCUUGAAGGCUGAAGGAGAGGUUAUUUCAGUUAAUAUGGUGUUCCUCAAGGCUGGCACUCCUUCUCCCACUGGUUUUGUCAUGAACUUACAGCCAUCGGAAGCUGAAGCGGGUUUUGAUGUCAGGGUCCCACCAACUGCUGAUCCUAAAGCUUUAAUGAAAAGGAUAGCAGAAGAAUGGGCACCUAUCACACGCAAUAUGACAUUUGAGUUCAAGCAUAAGGUUUCUCCGCACGACAAAUUUGGAAAUCCAACCCUCACCGCCACAGACAGCUCUAAUCCCUGGUGGGCAUUGCUGGAAGAGGCUGUCAAAAAGGCUAAUGGAAAGCUCGGGAAUCCCGAGAUAUUUCCCGCUUCAACGGAUGCUCGCUACUUCCGGGAACUGGGUUUGCCAGCAAUUGGCUUCUCGCCUAUGGCUAAUACUCCUGUCCUGCUUCACGACCAUAAUGAGUUCCUCAGCAAAACCGAGUAUCUGAAAGGAAUUGAAAUCUACGAGUCCAUAAUCAAGGCCUACGCAUCAUAUGCUGAACCACCGGGAGAUGGAGGCUCCAAAGACGAGUUAUGACGACCCAGCUGCGAACCUUUGACAGUCGGAUGAAUUGCCGGGGCCCUGAUCUCCAUCUCUCUCUCUCUCUCUCUCUCUCUCUCUCUCUCUCUCUCUCUCUCGUGCUUGUAAUGUAAUAGCCGAAUAAAAUCGAGAGAGAAUAUGUCGACAACCGUCCCCAUCAGUUGACUGGGAACAUAGGGCCGGACCUCCGCCUCGCGCCGAGCACAUGUUGUAGAAUAAACUUCCAACGGACCCCCUUGUGGCAGUGCUUUCCUAUGAGUAGCUUGUGAUAUAUCUCUGGUUA